CGCAACUGCAUUUAGUAGUGUUUAUUUUACUAAAUAAUGAAAAUAAAUCGAUUUUAAAUUUUACUUCGCACAAGAAGCCACUCGAUAACUGUUGCCUUAAGCCGCUGCAAAUCUGAAAACGAAACGUGCAAGUUUUUUUUUUUCUAUGUUGUGCGUGCAUUUGUGUUGUCCGGUGUUUGAAGACGCUUGGAAUUCGCUUUCAAUUUCUUCGUAGGAAAAAUGUCGGGUGAUACCGAUAAAGCAAAAAUCAGUGACAAUCAGGAUGAAGACAAGAAAUCCAGUACUGGCGAUGGUCAAACAACUGAAGACGAGUCAUCCCAGGACUCGAAGGGUGAGUCGCUGCGGUUUCAAGAUUCUGAGGCCCAAGGUAACGCUGAUGUAGAUCAACCAGAUGCAAAAGAAGAGAAUCUAGAAGGUGACGUAAAGACGACAGCCAACGGUAAGGAUGACGAGACCGGCGGUGAUGACUCCAAAGAUGAAAAGGAUAAAACCGAUAGUGAUACUAAAAAGGAGGAGAAUGGUGAGACACACGAUGAAGAUGAAAAAGACGAUGUGAAGAGUAAUGAUAAGGGCGCAAAGAAAGCGCCCCCUAAGAAGAAACCUAAGAAAGAGGAUACUGAGGAAGAAGACGAGGAUGACGAAGAAGAGGAAGAGGAAGAGGAGGAGGAGGAGCCAGAGGAAGGAGAUGAAGAUGAUGAAAAGGAGGACAAGAAAACCAAGGAUAAAGUGAAGAAGCCGGCAAAAAAAGCAAAGGGCGAUGACGAUGAAGGUGAUGAUGAUGAAGGUGAAGAGGACGAAGAAGAGGAGGAGGAAGAGGAAGAAGAGGAGGAGGAAGCUCCUAAACCCAAGCCCAAGAGAGAGCCUACGGAGCCGCCGGUACCGCUACCCGCUGGAAAAGGUAUCCCGCUCGGGCACAUCAGCAAUGUGGAAGUAUCGUUGUCGCGAUUCAAGACCCAAGAUCAGAAACUACUACAUCAGUAUUUGUAUGGGCAACUUUGCCUGGAUCGUAAUGUUAAACGCAACAUCAAGAAGUUCAAAGGCUACGAAUGGGCAAUCGGCUCGUCCGACUACAAGGCUAAACUGGAGGAGACCACCAAGAUGGAACCCAAACAGUUGCGUACAAUGUGCGAAAUGCUUGAUUUGGAUAAAAAAGGGUCGGCGUCGGAGCUGGCGGGGCGGCUGGUGGGGUUCCUGCAGCAGCCCACCGCCAACAGUCCGCACGCGCGCGGCGUGGCGCGGCCCCCGCCCGCCCCCACCUCCACGCCCGGCGGCCGGCCCCGGAGGUCCGCCGCCGUCAAGGUGCAUAACAGAGGUUACUCUGAUGAAGAAUAUGAAACUGAUCCAGAACCGAAAGUCAAAGGGCCGAAGCCCACUAAAGAAGGUUCCGAAGAUUCAGACGGUUCAUUCAACCCGAGUGGCUCGGAGGAGGCGGAUUCGGACUUUGAUCCUGAAGCCGGUGAGGGUGUCGCGAAGAAACGUGCGCCGCGGAGACGAUCCGCCGGGAAACCCACCAAACGGUCCUCCAAGAAGGGCAGCAGCAAGGGGAAGAAAGGAAAGCAGGCUAAACCGAGUCGCGGCAGACGAGCAAAGUCCGAAAGCGACGAGGAAAGUGAAAAAUCUGAGAGUGAAAGCGACGCAGAGUCCGGUAGCGACGGAGAGGAAUCAGAUGAGCCUAAAGCGAAGCGAGGACGGCCAUCGGUGGUAGCUAAGGGACGCAAGGGUCCGGUCGCAAAGAAUUCUAAAGCAACGCCCGUAAAACGGAAAGCACCUACGCCACCUGCUAAAAAGAAGGCGGUAGCUGGUAAAGCCGCAGCAGGUCGACCGGCCAAGAAGGGGAAGAAGGCUUCGUCCGACGAAGAGUCUGGCGACGGAAGCGAGGAGGAUGACGACGAGGAGGAGGCCAGCGACGACGAGAGCGGAGACGACUCGGACGCGCCGACCGACAAGAAGGCUAAACGACCGCCUACUGAUGAAGAAAUAAAGAAGUACGUGAAGCAGAUCCUGGAGGGCGCGAACCUCGAGCAGAUCACUAUGAAGACUGUUUGCAAGCAGGUCUACAGCCACUACCCGGACUUUGACCUCGCGCACAAGAAGGACUUCAUCAAGGCCACGGUCAAGUCGCUUAUAUCAUCGUGAGCGACGAGCCCGGCCGCAUCCUACACAUCUAGUAAGAAACACCACUCCAAACGAAAAUUAGAUUAAUUGAUCCCGUACUGGCGUCGACGCAGUUUUUACACAUUAUAAUUCUAAACGUUCUUUUUUGUUGAUACGAACUUUAAUUUUUUUUAAUACAAUACUUUUUAUGUAUUCAGUUCGACGCAGCAUGGGUUGUAAUUUUAUGUUAUAGGUAUAUAAUUCCCUUAGACUAAGUUUAAAAUUAAACAAUUUUAGAUGUGUAAGGGAUGCUUUAUUUUUAACUGUGCCUGUUUUUUUUUUUUAAUUUGUUGAAAAGUAAUUGUUUUUCUAAAAUUUUUUUUUUUGUAAAAUUAACAUGACGUAAACGACAAAAAAUGGUUUUUUUUUUCUUCGUUAUUACGAAUAAAAUAUCAGUAACUGUACGUCAUUAUAAAGAAUAUGUAUAAGACAUAAAAUAAUCCACUACAUAAUUAAAUAAAAAGUAGAAAUUAUAAUAAUGUAAUUUACACGAUAAAGUGAUAUUUUUCAAAAUUGUACUAAAUGUAAAAGUUGUAUUUUCUUAUUACGGUCUGAUUUUAAUGAUAAACAUUGCGUUUUAUCUUUUAAUCUGUUUGUAAUUUCGGAAGUAACUUUGGUUUCCUUUUCAUCGUAUUUAGAAUAUUUCACGCAGUCUGACACUAUCGCGAGAGGUCUGUCUAGCUAUCGAAUUAAGAUGUAAAUUUAAGAUGUGUAAAUAAAUACACAUAAUUUGCAUGGUUAUCAUAAUAGGGCUGUUUGUAAAUUCACAUUAAAAUAAACAGGACUCUAUUUGAGUCGUGUAUUAUCAAAGGUGGCAAUCUGUGCAUUUGGACAAAAAAAUGUUAUUGAUAUGUCAAUACAGAUUGAUUUGAAUAUAAUCGUCUCCUUCAAAGAAUACGGUUCAAAACCUGCAUUAAAUAAAGGUUAAUAGUUAACCUGUUAUUUAUCUAAGAUGUCGUUCAGAAGAGUUUUGUGAAUGCCAAUAGAAUACAAAGUCAAUAAUUCGUUUUUCUGAUUUACCAAUAAUUGUCCAAAAGUCACAUUGCCGGCUUUGAUAAUAGUCGACUCAUUUGAAGCUUGUUAAUAUUGGUAACACGGAAUGUUAUGGCUCAGACUUUGUUUCCUGUGUGCAUCUCGAAUUUGUGGGAAAGUAUUAAGUAUUUGCCAAAUAAACGCAUUUUUGAUUAUUUGAUUAUUAAAAUGAUUUUUCUAAAUUGUACAUUUUUGUUGGUAUAAGUUAGCAUAACUAAGCAUUGUGUUCAAAUGAGCCUUGUUAAUUGAAUGAAGAAAAUAGUGCAAUAGAAUAGUAAAGUAAUGUAAGUAAAAAAUUUACCAGAAGUAGUAUCGUUUCAGAAAGACAACAAAUAAUUUUCUCACAAAAAUUGUUAUGUUCAUUCAUAGAGUAACACCGGAUACCCUCAAGUUGGAACUUGUGUCCCUAGAGUGGGGAUGGGGCAUUCGAUUGUGGUGACUAUGAACUCCACCUAGAAUCGGGUGGUGGUAGGCAGCGGCUUGGCUCUGCCCCUGGCAUUGCUGGAGUCCAUGGGCGACGGUGACCACUCACCAUCAGGUGGGCCGUAUGCUCGUUUGCCUACAAGGGCAAUAAAAAAAAACAUCUUUCCGAGUACAAUAGAAACGAGCCGAAUGACAGUUGAAUUAUUUAAAUUUCGAAUACGAUCGUGUAACUGUCAGAUCAUUAGUUUUCAAAACAGCCCUUUGUUCCGCUUCAACAGUAAGUAGGUGCUCUCACUGCAUUUUUAUAUUUGUGGCCGUCGCAUUGCCGUGGAUGAGCAGUAACGUAUAAGUCGGGUUUGAGCACAACGAGACGCUAAUAAAUGCGUUUACAAACACAGAUCUUUCCGUUCGACCAUCUCUGUUUUAAAACGCAUUGAAAACAACGAUUUCUAUCAAUGUUUUGUAUCGUCAAGACAUACAUUGGUAUGAAUCGCGUACGGUCCUUAUUCUAUCGCCAAUACUAUCGUUAUUAUGAAGAAAAAACGUCCAAACAUGUUGUUUUGACGUGAUGACGCCUCCCGUUUUGUUCAAACCGAAUAGUGUUUAAGUUAGUUUGUAAUCAACAUUAAAUGUGUAUUUGUGAAUUUUUAAACGUAAUUUCGGUUGAUGUUUUUUCUUUAUAAAUGUGUAAAUGGCUGAGAUCUGUAGCUACGUAGUGACACGGAGUGAUAGAGUGACUGGUUCCCCCUUUUACAAUUGGAUAUAGAUAAUAAAAAUAAAUAAAAGUUUGA